AUGAAUUUAACGAUUAUGAUGAAUGCUUCUUCGAACACCACCGCCCGUUUUCAGCCUCCCAAUACGAUCUACAUUGGCUGGUUGUACCUUUUUUUGAACGUUUUCAGUUACAUCAGCAAUAUAUUCUUCAUAACGCUGUACUGUAAAAGCCCGCAACUACACACGCCGUUCUCGGUGUACGUUCUCACUUUGGCCAUAACGGACCUCGUAAAAUCCUGCACCAGCAAUUUCAGUCAAAUCAGCAACUUCAUGGAGAUACCUUGGAUCUUAGGCGAAGGAUUUUGUAAUUUAUGUUUGUAUCUCACGCAAGCUUUAGCCGGAUUUGUUCUCCACGUUCACGUCCUCAUCAGCUGUAAUCGGUUCUGGGCGGUGACCUUUCCUAACAGUUACCGACUGUAUCACACGACCAAAUUUGCCGCCGGUGUUGUUCUGCUGACUGCUGUUUAUAUUAACGCGUGGUCCUUGCCCGGGGUAAUCGUCUUUGAUCAGAGGUCACGAGCGCCUUACAAUGCGCGCUUCUGUGUGUACUUUCCGUCCGGACCGAAUCAGCAGCUGUAUGCCGGCAUAACUACCGCGUUUGUUCAUUGGGUCCCGCAGUGUAUAGUUCUUCUACUGUAUCCCUUCAUUGCCUAUAAAGUGCUCAAAGUGGUCAGGAAGAAGGUUCAUGCUCAGUCCUGGUCUCGACAAGGCACCGGUGCUUCAAGGAGAUCGGAUGCAAUGGAGCUAUCUAAAAGCUUAGCAAAAGAAGACCAGCCAACGGGAAGUGCCACGAAAACUUAUGAAUCGGGAAGCGAGAAGUUUUCCGCGUCGCGGGGUCCCGUCCCAAAGCGGAUGCUGAAGAGCGAAGGCCGACAUUUUCUCAUGCUAACCAUUCUAUUUCUCAGCGUGACCAUAUCGUGGACGCCCUCUCACAUUGCGUACACCUGGGUGAUUUGGAAUUCCUACAUGGAUUACCGGUUGAUAUCCAUUGGAAAUUAUAUUUUUUCUCUGGACUGCACCAUGAACCCGGUAUUGUGCUUGGUAUCGUCCAAGGAAUGGCGUCAAGCAGCGAGAGCGCUGUGGCGCAGAAAUCGAACUGGCUAA